AUGAAAUCGCGAGCAAGCGCUCCCAAAAAUCGCAAAUCAAUUCUCAAUGCAGGUCCAAUGGCACUCAUACCGGCAAAUGCAAAUCGGAUGAUCAAAAAAAGGCAGGAGGCCGACCAGAAGAAGAUUCAGAGGCUACAGGAAAAACAUGCCCGGCUAGCAGAAAUUGAACAACAGGCUCAAAUGGCAAGGGACGCGGCUGAAGCUGAACGUGAAGCUAGAUUAUCGGCUAGAUAUGGUAGUCCUGGGAAAUGGUAUUUAGAUAGUCGUGGUGGUUAUAUGUAA